CAGUGAACGUGGUACUUCUAAUUGAACCAGUUUAAGUAAGGGACGUUGAGAUGAAAUUGCUCAUUGUAGCCUUACUGCUAGGGUCACUUGCCUUUUUGGAGGCUGACAAAAAAGUGUUUUGGGAAAAUCUACACCGAGAGCCUCCGAUUCGAGGAUACUCGUUGAACAGCACCAGGCAGGCUGAGACGAAAUGGAUUAUGCAGUACGUUGACAAUUUUGACCCACAAAACCCAUCAACAUGGAGCAUGCGUUACAUCGAAAAUGGCGAACACUACCAACCAGGAGGACCCCUUUUUAUAUUUUUAGGAGGUGAAUGGGAAGUUAACUCCGGUACCGUUCUACAGGGCCAUUUUUACGACAUGGCAAAAGAGUUGGGAGCUUAUUUGUUUUACACCGAGCAUCGAUACUAUGGUCAGAGCCACCCUACCGCGAGCACUCGAACCGACUUGUUGAAAUUUCUGAAUGUUGAUCAAGCAUUAGCAGAUGUGGCACAUUUCGUGGAGGAAAUGAAGAGAACAAUUCCAGGGGCCACGAAUUCUAAAAUAAUCAUGGCAGGUGGUUCUUACUCCGCUACGAUGGUGGCGUGGUUCAGACAGAAGUAUCCUCAUUUGUUGGACGGUGGUUGGGCCUCCAGUGCUCCAUUAUUGGCUAAACUUGACUUUACCGAGUACAAAGAAGUAGUAUCCGAAUCAAUUCGCCUGGUUGGAGGUGAAAACUGUGCCAACAGAAUUGAGCGCGCUUACAAAGAAAUUGAAGAUUAUUUGGCCAAAAAGGAAUUUGAGAGAGUACUUGAAGAGUUUAAAAUAUGUGAUAAUAUCGACUUAGCAAACAUUUUAGAUUCUGGAAUGUUUUUGAGCUCCAUAUCAGACUACAUUGCUGGUGUUGUGCAGUACCACUGGCCAGGGGACAUUGAAGGAGUUUGCGAAAUUAUCAACGAUGAGGCUAUUACGAACGAUAUGACCGCCUUAGCAAACUGGUUCACUAGAGGUGUUACUAGCUGCAUGGAUCUAACUUAUGAUAGCACAAUACGUUACUACAGAUCAACCGAUUGGAAUCAUGGUGCCAAUAGAGGAGCAAUGAGACCGUGGUUAUAUCAGACGUGUGCUGAAUAUGGGUGGUAUCAAACAUCAGGUUCGGACAUGCAAAUAUUUGGAUCCGGUUUUCCAGUUGAUCUUUACAUAAAAAUGUGUAUCGAUUUGUAUGAUUACUUAUUUUACCAGACUAGAAUAGAGGCAAAUAUUGAACGGACCAACACCAUCUACGGGCAUAUGAACCCAGCGGUUACGAAUAUAUUUUUCACACAAGGACAACUUGAUCCUUGGCGGCCUAUGGGAUUGCAAGAGGACUUGAACGAGCAUUCACCAGCUGUUGUUAUCCCUAUGGCUUCUCACUGCGCGGAUUUGAAUUCCAUCAGCGACAGGGAUUCUCCAGAAAUGAGAGCAGCAAAGGAACGAGUAUUUGAUCUUAUCAAGCAGUGGGUUUUAUAAUCCCUCAACAGGAUA